UCGUUGUAAGAAUGGUGGUGCAUUCUGAGUACUUACAGUACGUCACCUUUGUGGAUCGUGUGUUUUUUUUCACGCUGCAUGUCGCAUGUAAUACUAACAGCAGAAGGUACCCAGUAAAUCUUGAAUAGGUUUGUUCUGUGCUUUUCCCCUAUUUGCCGCCACAGUUUCUAUACGAUGAACUUGGCUUUUCCUCGCGCAACCACUCAGCUCUUAUUCAGUUCUGUUAGCGGGCAAUGGGCACAGACAGGACAGCGGAUGGUUCGCACCAUCUUCUCCAGCAAAAGCUCCGGCUCAGGCAAGAGCUUCAAGGAGGGCGACACGCUGCCCAAUGAUUCCGUGCUGGUUGAGAAUGACCCGAUGAAGAAGCUCUGCGCCUCGGAGAUCUUCGGCCAGAAGAAGGCCGUCAUGUUCGGCGUGCCGGGAGCCUACACGCCGGGAUGUAGUUCGAAACACGUGCCUAGCUAUUUGAACCGCCACGGUGACUUUCAGAAGAAAGGGGUGGCCACCAUCGCCUGCCUCUCCGUCAACGACCCCUUUGUGAUGCAAGCGUGGGCGCGAGAACUAAAGACCGAAGGCAAAAUUCGCAUGUUAGCCGACCCACAGUGCAAAUUCACCAAAGCCAUUAAGAUGGAGAAAGACUUUACCGAACUUUUGGGAAACUGGAGGAGCAAAAGGUUUGCCAUGAUUAUCAACAAUGGGAAAGUGGUGAAAAUGUUCGUAGAGCCCGACGGCACUGGUGUCACUUGUACUAUGGCCGACAACGUCCUCAAGGCCUUAACGGAAGAUGACCAGUGUGCACCUUCCUAAUCAAUGUCUAGCUUCUUUCAAUACAGCCAUGAUGUUAGCCGUCACAAAUCUAUUGCUUAGUCGCAUUAUUAAGCAAAAUUUAACCUGCCAUCAUGAUUUUUGACAUAAACGUCUCUGAUAUUAACAAUGUGGAUAGAGUUUACGUAAUUGUGCUCAUCGAAAGAGCCAACACGGGGCAGAAACGCCACAAAAUUAAGAAACGUGAC